AUGUCGUUCAGCGGACGCAAGUUCUCUAUCAACCGCCAUACUGGCGAGCCCAAGCCAAAGAUGCUUGCCCGCCGUUUCAGUACCACGGAGCCUUCCACGAACGAAUUCCAAUCCAAGGUUCAUCGUCAGUUCCGAAGCGCCCAUGAAGGGCACAUGCCCCACGCUGGUCUCGAUGCCAGCCGAUCAUCCACUGGUGUCAUCUGGUGUACAGAGCGAGCCUCCGAGUAUGGCUACCUUGAGAACCCUGAUUCAUGGGCCAACCUUGGCCAGGGUGCCCCUGAGGUAGAGGACGACAUCGAGGGCUGCUUCCCCCGACCCGAGACCAUCAACAUCUCCAUGGCUGGCCGUGAGUACGGCCCUACAGCUGGUAUCAAGCCCCUGAGAGAGGCUGUUGCCAAGCUCUACAACGAGGCCCACCGAAAGGGAAAGGAGAGCCAGUACACCUGGGAGAACGUUGCUAUCGUCCCUGGAGGUCGUGCCGGUCUCAUCCGUAUCGCUGCUGUCCUGGGUAACUCAUACCUGUCUUUCUUCUUGCCUGACUACACGGCCUACAAUGAGAUGCUGAGUCUCUUCAAGAACUUCGCCGCUAUUCCCGUGCCCCUAUCUGAAGAGGAUGGCUACCACAUUCAUCCCGACAAGAUUGCCGAGGAGAUUGCUCGCGGUACUUCCGUUAUUCUCACCUCAAACCCUCGUAACCCCACUGGUCGUGUCAUCCAAAAUCCCGAGUUGGCCGAAAUCCAGGACCUUUGCCGAGAGAGGGCAACCUUCAUCUCAGACGAGUUUUACUCUGGAUAUAACUACACUUCUAAUUGCGAUGGCACAACGAUUAGUGCCGCUGAGAACGUCGAUGACGUUGAUGAAGACGACGUUCUGAUUAUUGAUGGCCUCACCAAGCGCUUCCGCUUGCCAGGAUGGAGAAUCGCUUGGAUCCUGGGACCCAAGGAAUACAUCAAUGCUAUUGGAUCAUGUGGUUCCUACCUCGACGGUGGUGCUUCUCAUCCUUUCCAGGAAGCUGCUAUUCCUAUGCUCGAGCCAAGCCUCGUUCAGAAUGAGAUGAUCCACCUUCAGUCUCACUUCCGGGACAAGCGUGAUUACGUCGUUCGACGUCUUCGCGAGAUGGGCUUCAUCAUCAAGUAUGUGCCUGACUCGACUUUCUACCUCUGGCUCAACCUCGAGGGUCUCCCCGAAACUAUCGCCGACGGUCUCAACUUCUUCCAGGCCUGUCUGGAGGAGAAGGUCAUUGUGGUGCCUGGUAUCUUCUUUGAUCUCAACCCCUCGCGUCGUCGUGACCUUUUCGACUCCCCUUGCCAUCACUUUGUGAGACUUUCAUACGGUCCUCGCAUGGAUGUCCUCAAGAUGGGAAUGGACGCCAUUGAGCGUGUUGUUCAGAAGCACCGUAAGAUGAACUAA